AUGUUUGAGGAAGAUGCGGCUUUGAUGAAGAAAGUUGGUUUGAAUUCUUAUCGAUUUUCGAUUUCGUGGUCCAAAAUCUUACCAGGAGGCAAACUAUGCGGUGGUAUAAGCAAAGAAGGAAUCAAAUACUAUAAUGAUCUCAUAAACGCACUUUUGGCAGAAGAUAUUCAGCCCUGUGCAACUAUCUUUGACUGGGAUGUUCCUCAAUGUUUGGAACAUGAAUAUCGUGGCUUCUUAGAUUGUCAAAUUGUGGACCAUUUUUGUAAGUUUGCUGAUAUUUGCUUUCGGGAAUUUGGUGAUCGAGUGAAACAUUGGAUCACACUGAAUGAGCCAUGGGCCUUUAGUUAUUAUGGAUAUGUGAGGGGCAAUUUUCCCUUUGGUCGAGGAAACGUUAUCAGGAACGCCAAGGAGGAAAAAUAG